AGCCCGGAGGGAAAGGAGGAGGGAAGCCGGGGGGCUGCGAGGGCCGCGAGUGAGCGGCGGGGUCUGAGCGGGGGCCUGCCCCGCGCCGGAGCCGAGUCAUCUUUUUCCCCUCCCUUCACCCUCCCCUUCCUCUUGCUGGUCUCCUCCCCUCCCCUCCCCCCUUUCUCUUCCUCCUCAGCCCGGCUGCUCGCGCGGGCGCCCGCCAGCCCGUCAGCCUCAGCCUGAGCCGCAGCUCGCGCCGCCCGGGACAGGUGUGUGCGCGCGCUCGCCCUCCCCUCACCUGCUGCAGGACAGCGCCCGGAUCUCGCGAGAUCGGCUGGCUGGCUGUGGGGGUUGCAGCAGCGGCGGCGGCAGGCGGAGCCGGGGGAAGGGAAGGCAGCGGCGGCGGCGGCGGCAGGCGGAGCGGCAGGCGGAGCGGCGGCGGCGGGCGGCCGGCUGAGCGGCAGCAUCAUGGCGGACCGAGACAGUGGCAGCGAGCAAAGCGGAGCGGCGCUGGGCUCUGGCGGCUCCCUGGGGCACCCGGGCUCUGGCUCGGGCGGCGGCGGGGGCGGCGGCGGCGGGGGCGGCGGCGGGGCCCCGGGGGGGCUGCAGCAUGAGACCCAGGAGCUGGCCUCCAAGCGGGUGGACAUCCAGAACAAGCGCUUCUACCUGGACGUGAAGCAGAAUGCCAAAGGCCGCUUCCUGAAGAUCGCCGAGGUGGGCGCCGGGGGCAACAAGAGCCGCCUCACGCUCUCCAUGUCGGUGGCCGUGGAGUUCCGUGACUACCUGGGCGACUUCAUCGAGCACUACGCGCAGCUGGGCCCCAGCCAGCCCCCGGACCUGGCCCAGGCGCAGGAUGAGCCGCGCCGGGCGCUCAAGAGCGAGUUCCUGGUGCGGGAGAACCGCAAGUACUACAUGGAUCUCAAGGAGAACCAGCGGGGCCGCUUCCUCCGCAUCCGCCAGACGGUCAACCGGGGGCCCGGCCUGGGCUCCACGCAGGGCCAGACCAUCGCCCUGCCGGCCCAGGGGCUCAUCGAGUUCCGUGACGCCCUGGCCAAGCUCAUCGACGACUAUGGCGUGGAGGAGGAGCCGGCCGAGCUGCCCGAGGGCACCUCCUUGACUGUGGACAACAAGCGUUUCUUCUUCGACGUGGGCUCCAACAAGUACGGAGUGUUCAUGCGGGUGAGCGAGGUGAAGCCCACCUACCGCAACUCCAUCACUGUCCCCUAUAAAGUGUGGGCCAAGUUCGGCCAUACCUUCUGCAAGUACUCCGAGGAGAUGAAGAAGAUCCAGGAGAAGCAGAGGGAGAAGCGGGCUGCCUGCGAGCAGCUCCACCAGCAGCAGCAGCAGCAGCAGGAGGAUACAGCAGCAGCAACCCUGCUGCUGCAGGGGGAGGAGGAGGGGGAGGAAGAUUGAUCAAACUGUAAAAAACAUAAACACACAUACACACACAGAGAGGAAAAAAAAACUAUACUAUAAAGAAAGAGAGAAAAUAAAAUUUAAAAAAAAUGUUAAAAAAAAAUGUAACUGUUAACUCCAAGGGAGCACCCACCACCCACCGAACCUCCACCAACUGACAGUUUCUCUUCUUGACUUGCCACCCAUCGCUGGAUGUUGUCCACUUUAUCCACCAUAUAAAACAGUAAGCAGCUGCUAAAACAAAACAAAAAAAAAACAAAAAAGUAAUAACAUUAUAUAUGAACUGUGUUUCCUACUUGAUUAAAAAAUAUAAAGAACUGAGUGUUUAUUUCCCUAAUUAACCAAGAACUUUUGUACACGUUUAAGCUAUUAUUAUUAAAAGUGUUUGCAAAAUGGUCAAGAUUAUAAUAUUGCUGAAUUAUAUUAAAAAAAAGUCCUUUUCAUGUUGAGCUAACAUUUGACUUUAGCACAAAAAAAGAGAUAUUUUAGAACACGUAAAAUAAUAUUUUUAGUUUUUUCUUCUCAUUUUGUUACCAAAUUUCAAACCUUACAUGGAGGUUAUUAUAGUAUAUUUGACACCCUAUAUACCUGUGAUUAGAGAUGUGUAUAUAUAUGAGGGCUAGGCAUGCUGUGUGUCUGAGCUUUGUCUAAAUGUUAUGCAGAAGUUUGUAGAGUUAAAGGUACGUAGGUUUAAUUCAUGCAAGGUAAACAAUAAGUGCUCUCUUUUAUACAAUAUGCAUUGCAUCUGGACCUUAAACAUAUAAAAUGGUCAGUGAAACUUCUGUGAACAUGAAGAAAAUUAUUAAAAAAGGCAUUUAAAUGAAAUUUGCUAAGUUGUGAUUUUUACGGUUUGAACCAAAGUUAUUCAAAUAGUAAAAAAAAGAAAAAAGUAUCUAAAAGAAUAUCUCCUCCCAUAAUAUUUUUCUGCUCCUGUUUGGUUUACAACUAAGUAGGCGUAUUGUCAUUAUUGUGUAUAUGAGAUGUACUUGUAUUGUUCAUAAUAUAUUUUUUUUAUUAUGUGUAGAAAGACUUAAAGUACUUAACCUUAUGUGCAGCAAUUUCCAGUGAACCUGUAUUUGGACAACAGGUAGUGAGUCUUUGUGUGGUCACUGACACUAGCACUGUCUCCUAAACUUGCAAGAGGUCUGAAGCUAUCCUUUGAUUUAUGCCAGUGCUAUUAAUUUAUGUAGGCCUGUUAGAAACCAGUGCAACACAAUUAUAGAGUUAUCCUACUGAGCCAUGGAUUUUGAGUUUCAUAUAAAAGUGAAAGCCAAGUUGGUGUAUGUAAAGGAUUUCCAUGUAGCUGUGGUGCUAGUUAUUACUGGCUACAUUAUAUUCUAAGUGUAUUUGUGACCCUAAGUGUACAAGCCUCCUAUCAAGUUUGUUCUUGUAACUCUUAUAUUCAAGGUGUAGGGUAUGAAAAUGCAGAACUUAAGGAGAGCACUGAUUUGUCAGCUGUUGUCCUCUAAACUGAAGUUAUUUGUAACUAUAGACUUUUACAGGUUUUUCCUUUAAAGAUGUUUGUGUGCUUUUAAUUGACAACUAACUUCUUGCUGCUGUAUAGUAAAAUAUUAAUAUAUUUUUAUCAUUAAACUGCUGCAUGACUAUCAUCAUUGAGUGAAGAGAAAAUGUUAUAAAAAAGAUGCCUUAAACAGUACAUUUUUGUUCAGAAUUCUGUAGAAAGCAUUUAAGUAAAUGGAGAAUCUUGUCUGACUCAAAGUUCUGGGGAUGAAAUAAUUUGUUUCUUGACAAAUCUAACCAUGUAGAUCUAACUGCUGUAUAUAGAAGACACCACCUGUAGGAACAGGAAGGUAUCUGUAUCUGUGCUUCUCAAUGAUUGUAAAGCAUUGGCCUAGGAAGGUGAAAAAGUUGUCUAAAGUUACUUUUCUGCUGGUUCAUUUGGUUUUAUUUUUAUAUUUUUAAAGUUCCCUGGUUGUGUUUUUUUCUUUGUUUUUGAGAUCUACUGUAUAUGUUGGAUAAACAAGCUAUUUCCAUUGUACUGUGCAUUUCUCUUUUAAAUAAUUUGCUUUUAGUAUCCAUACAAUGUUAAAUAUGAUAUGACCUUACAGUAGUUAGGAGUUUCUUUUACUUAAAAAUCACUGGAAAUUAUUAAAUUGUUUUUUUUCUCCCCAAGAUGCAUUUUUCUUAUUUCCAAAUAGUAGAAUUAAGCUUUGACAGUACAUAAUGUGAGACAUUUGAAAUGCUUUUCACCUGCAUGUAAACGUUGAUUAAUGACCUGGGAUUAUUUUGUUGUUGUUGUUGUUUUAAAGUUUGUUGAGCGGUUUUGUUCAUUGUACUUUAACUGUGAUAUGGAAAAGAUUGCAUUAUCUGUGCUGUUCCUAGUUAGAAAAGUGAUUUGCUUUGCUUUUUGUUUCUGGUUUACUGUAGGUUUAAAAAGUUAAGCAUUGUAUCACAGGUGGUUGGAAUUCUUCUAGAUCAGUGUUUUAUAAUUGCCAGCAGUAAGUAGUGCAAGUCAACAAAACCACAUCAGACUUAGGCAAAAUGACCUUUCUUACCAUAGAGAAGUUCUUUCAUGAGGUUUUCUUUAGGGUCAGAAUUACCUAAAGGGAAAUCUGGGACUAUAGAUUUCAGAUUCUGCUUUGGAAUUGGACCAGGUAGAAAUAUAUGGGUUGUGCAAUUCUAGUUACAUUUAUAAGAGUUGAUUGAACACAAUCUUAGCAAGUUUUUGUGCACAGUGUCUGAUUUGCAGUCAGUGGAUUUAUUUUUCAUUCACAUACAGAUAUACUAAGAUUUACAUGGUGAUCAUGGAAAAGAUAAAAGACUGUAAAGAUGCUCUUGUUGCAUCAAUUUAUCCUUGUUCCCUCCCCCUCCCCCACACCUCCCCCUCACCCCCAGGUGCUUGGUACUUUACUAAGUUUCAUUAUCUUAGUGUUUUGCAUUCAAGAGGUUUUUUUUCUUUUGUUUUUCUUUUAAUGGUUACCCUGUUUAUGCUAGAACAAUAAAGGUAAUGGUAUAUUUGACCAUAUGUGUUACUCAAAGAAGACAGUAUGAUCAAAUGUGCCAAAAAAAAAUUCUUGACAAGUAUUGCCUUAUUUUCCUUGAUGAUCUGCUUUGUCUUAUAAUGGUCCAAUAUCUUGGUCAAAUUAUAUUUGCCUGAGUAUGAAAGAAAACUUGAAAUUCAUUGCAAUAUUGACAUUCUUUAAAAUAAGAGACACUGUCAAGUAAUUAAACCCAGAGGAAAAUAGCCACCAGAUUUAAAUACCUAUUGAGGUGGUAAGGGUGAUUGGUGGUGUGGUGAUGAUGGUGGUGGGUGAUGGUGGUGGGGAUUGAUGGUGGUGGUCAUGGUGGGGAGGGAGUGAUGGUGAUGGUGGGUGGUGAUGAUGGUGAUGCUUAAUCUUUUAUUUUAAAAGCCACUGUUAAUUUGUGCCUCAUUUUUCAUGCUGAAGUUACAAGCAGCAGUCAUCCAGCCACAGAGGGAGCUAAAGUUAACUAACCAGAACUGUACAGAAAUCAUUAUACAUGCUUUUUCACAACAAAGGAAGUUCAUUUUAAAAAGCCAUGUUGGCUUUUACUUUCUAAGAUACAGAUUGGAGGAUAGAUGAAUAUUUGCCAAAUGAAAAGAAACAAUAAUAGAAAAGGAAUACUAUUUUGUAGCUUUUCAAAAGCCAUGGAUUAUCUGAACCAAAACAAACCUAUCAACAAAAAUCCUUGACAGUGUCACUUUCUAGUUUUCCCCAAGAGGGGUUGAAGUUUUAAACUAAAGUUAAAAUAUAGCACUGUGGUGUUUUUUGUUGUUUUUUUUUGUUUGUUUUUGUUUUUUAAGAUUUUACAAAUACUUUUAAAGAACAGAGUUGCUAUAGUAAAAAUGGAUUACUAUCUUGAUUUGCUCUUUCAGUUAUGCAGAAGGCUGCUAAUAAUUUUAACCCUUCCCUUGUCCAAAGUAGACAAUUAUUUUUAUUUGGGAACAAGUACAUUGUUGCCUUUUAAAAUAGCACUGUAACAACCUCUGAUAAUUAGUUAUAGUGUAAUCUUUAUCCCUUGCAAACUAUGCAAAGUGAGUAUAAAUUAAGAUUAAAUUUAAAAUAGUUGAUUACAUUGCAAUCAGGUGGCAUUCAGGAAACCAACUGGAUUAUAUACCAAUAAAAACUAUUAACCUAAGAACUAUGUAUGCUAAUAACAAACUAUAACUUAGCUACCUAGUCUAAAAAUUGUCAACAUUAAUAUUGUGUAACAGGUCUGAAGAAGAUUGCCUCCUUUCUUAAAAAGAGAGAUUAAGGAUUUUUAUAAUUGUUUUUCAUCAAAUUUUAAUAUUUUUGUCAAAUUUUUAGGUAUUUAAUUUGUAAAACAGUCUGCUUUGUACUAGCAUACAGAAAAUAGGAUAUUGAUUUAAACUUUUUUAAGCCAAGUGAUCAAGUACAUUUGUAAUAAAAGUCAAUGGAUCCAUAUCAGUUGUACUCACUGUUUUCAUUUCUUGUACUUUAUAAUGCAGUAGUGUUAUAUACUUCUGCAGGAAAUAUGAACUGAAUCUGGGUGGAUGGGAGGGAGACAACUGAUUUAAUAUGAAUAUUAAAAAUCUGGAUGAUUUUCAUGAUCCUUAAGUCAGUGAAGAUUUGGUUGAUCUCAAAAAACAUUUUUAUGAAUAUCCUUUUUGCUUAAAGUUUUGUUUGUUUUGCCAAAUUUGAUGUUCAUAGGCUUUUUGCUUUUCAAUUCCUUUUUUUUUUUAGCUUCAAAUUUAAGAGACUUUCUAAGGUAUGGACUUUUUCUUUUCUUUUUGCCCACCAUGUCAGCCACGCUAUAGGCAUGAUUAUUUUUAUCUUUUCUCCAUUUCUCAUCAUUUUUUCUGAAACAUUCCAUCCUCUUUUCCAUGGUCCACAUAUAUGUGCAUGUAUACUUGUAUACAUAUGCCUUUUAUACCAUGAGUUAUUAUAAAGAGGCCUAUUAUAUAAAUGUAGGCCUGAUAAUAUUGCAUUCCUGGCGUUAAUUCUUUUUAUUUUUUUAACAUGUAAACAAAUGUAAGCUUUUCCUUAGAAGUCAUACACCAAAUCUGAUGACUUAUACUUUCCCAAAAUUUUUCAAAUGGGUAUAAUUGAUGUACAAGAAUGCUAAAACAAGGUCAUAUUUUCAGUUACUUAUAUUUUGGACAUUUGAUUACAACUCUAAAUGUAAUAUAGUUGAGAUGUGAUCACUUUAGAGAGUAAAAUGAAUAGAAAUUUAAAAUAUCUUGCCAAGCAGUUUUUUUUUUUUUUUAAGAAUCCAUCAAGGUGGUUUCUACAGAGAUUUUUGAUGAAGGGAUGUUUUUAGGUUGAAAUUGAAACCUUAAAGAGAGAUUUUUGAUGCUCUUAUUUUCUGUUGAUUGGAUUUGAUAUUUCACUCAGCAUAUACCAGUAAACAGCAGUUAUCAUUACCAUUAUUCUUGCUUUUCAUUCAUUGUAUCACUGUUGUUUUCAUUGCAGUUCAUUAUGGUAAGAUAGAAGUGUGUGUGUGUGUGUGUGUGUGUGCGCGCGCGCGCGCGCGCGCGCGUGCGUGCGCACUCGCCUGUCCUAAAACAUCUCUAAGUUUGGAGUUUUCAACCACCAGUUCUUUUGAACAUAACUCCUACAUUGUCAUCACUUUAGAGGAUGUUGUCCUAUCUAUUAAGAAAAAGUAUGAUCAGUGUCAACCUUUUCCACAAUAUUAUUAUGAACAAAGCAGUGCCUAUACAAUACCAAAAAAAUUCAUUGAAAAGUAAAAAUUAUCAAUUAUCAAGCCAACUAUUUAACUGAGUUGACCAAAUUAGCAAAUUUGGGUAUUGAAUAGAUGGUGGCCUAACUGACUAUGUCCCUUUGGAAAUAUUGAGAGCAGGGCAGGUAGUGUGUCAAAGAUUUCUUCCUUAAAAUAUGGAAAUACAGAUUCUAUAACUUCAUUUUUAAUGUUUGAUGGUGUCUGUUAUUUAGUAUAUACCUUUUUUCUCUUGUGUGUAUAUAUUCUAUAGAAUAAAGUUGUUUCCUAAUGAUCAAAAAAUUGUACCACUUGAAAUUGAGUUCAAAAUGGUUUUCAUGACCAUAUACUCUUUGUUUUUAUAUAUAUUAGUAACCUCCUCUAUAGUAAGGUAAAUUUUACCAGCAUUUCAUGUGUUAGAAUUUAGCUCAAUUAAAAAAAAAAAGGCAGUUAUUAUUACAUUCUCAAUUUGGUUUGCUUUAAUGUUUCAGGAGACCAUAAGGUUUUGCUAUUAAGAAUAUUAUUCGGCAGAUAUGUCUGUGCACAAGCGCCUGUCCUUGUAGAAAUAUGUAGGAAUAGACUUUUGAACACAGCCCCUAGCAAAGUGUUUUGCACAUAGUAGGCACUUAAAUGCUUGUUAAAUUUUUAUUUUUGAACAUCAAUUAUGUUGAGGAUGCUACAUGAUUCAGGAACAAGAAGGAGAAAAUAUAUCCUUAUGAUAUCCUUCUCCCCUUCUUUAGUAGAGGAUAAUUUUAUCCCAUCCAUCUUGACUAUUUCAGGCAGUGAUCAUAACUAACAGAUUUGGUGGUUGGCACCAGUUUGUCCUAGAACAGAAGUUAGUAACCACUGAUUCCUGUAGAACUCUACUAUUUUGCACCAUAUUAAUUUUUGACAUUUUUUUCUUUGUUACUUUACUUCCUUUAUAUUCUAGUAUGCUUCUUGGUACUUAGCAUUCAUUUCUCCUUCUUAGGCCUUAGACCUCUUAAUGAUAUUUAUACUUGACACCGUUAAGGCACUUGCUUCUAAAGAAGUUUUUGACCCUUGUCCCCACAGCAUAGCUAGCAUAAUUGUCAAGAAGAAGCCAUGUGCUAUGCUGUUUAAGCCUAGCAUUCAUCCCUGACUAGAAUCCUGCUCCCAACUAGAAUUUUACAUUUUAAUUAAAAAGAUAUUGAAGUCUUAUGCUGAGAUAUAUUUGUGACUUAAAAGAUAGUAAAAUGUAUGUAUAUUUAAGAAAGGUUGUUGAAGCUGUAGCUAACCAUUUGGAAACUGGAGAGCUGGUGAAGGAAUUUUUAAAAGGGGAUGUGAAUGCUAUAAGGAAAAAUGAAUUAAAAGUAAGAAGGAUCUUAGAAUGGAUAUAAUAAGAGGUGCCAAGAUGGGUGUUUGGAUUGAGUUAUUUGCUAAGGAUGGUGAAUGAAAAGGCACUAGGGGAUGUUUAAGAAAAGUCAAAGGAUUACUUCAUUUGUUCUGUGGGAAGUGAUGGUCUUCAUCUUUCUGGGUCUUAUGAUGAUGCAUUAAGUUCACUGAUCUACUUAUGGAAAGGUGGCAUGUUAUAGAACAAUUUAAAACCCAAGGAUUAUAGAAUUGGCCAUUAUUGGGCUCAUUCAGGCUGAACCAAAGCUAAUGGGCUUAGUUAUUCUGAGGAAAAUAUUAGGUAUACCCAAAUUCCUAACAGUUUUAAAAGCAAUUCUCAAAAGCAGAUAUCUUGUAUAAUGUCUACUAUAAGUCUUGGGAUCAUAUUAUAUAAUGUGGUAGUUUUCAAGUCAGUUUUUAGAUGUUUUUAGUUUUUGAAGCCAGUUCUUCCACUCUGGAUUACAUUUCACACACACAUACACACACACACACACACACACACACACACACACAUACACACACAGUGUUUUUAAAAGAGCAAAUAAAAAUCUAAAUCCAAGUGAAAUAGCUAACACUAGAUUGCAAUUUGAAGUAUAUUUUAUAUUUCUUCCAACAAUUGUAAGGUUAGUAACAAGCCAGCUGCAUUCGUAUAUGGCCCUUGAUAACAUAGCUGAAGUAUGCUUUAGCAGAAUCAGCUCACAUAUCUUUGCCAACUUUUUUUCCUUCAGUUAUUCAUUAUAAUGCUUUAAAAGUACAGAAUUCCUAGUCACUUCUGUGGUGAGGAGUAUGUUAACACUUAUAUUUUCUAAAAGUUCUUAUGUCCUUGUUGCAGGAAUAGCUGAUGGUAUUUGGCUUUCUGCUUCUCUCAAGCCAAUGAUGCUUUAUAUUUAAAUUAGUAUGACAAACAUUUAUCAUAAAAGUCAUACAGUAUUAUUUUGGUUCCAGUCAAAUAUAUAUAUGCAUUUUGAUAGCCCUCUUUCAAAUUCAUUUAAUUUUUGACAAAUAUCUUACAUUAUUGCUAUUAAAACUCUAAAUGGAAGUAAUUAAUUUCUACCUGGAAGGUAAAAUUUUAAAAAGUCAAAUAUGUCAAUUAUGUUAACAAUUUUAGUAUUUCUUUAUUAUAACAUUGGUAGAGUUGGCACUAAAAUGUAAUAUAAUAUCCAGAUUUUAUAGUGAGUCAUUUAAAAUUAUAGUUUGAAACCAUAAUUUGUUUUAGUCAGUACAGGACCUUCUUAAACGACCCCUCAGUUUAGCAAUUAUAUAUCUUAAAAUGUGUUUCUAAGCUGAUAUUUAUUGUUGAUUUAAAUGUCUAGGCCAAAGUCUUUCUGAAGCUUCCUCUUUUGUUGUGCAAAGAAAUGAAUGGUAGGUAGCCAAACUUUUCAGCAGGCCAAUUGUCUUUUAUGCAUAUUGUUGCCAGUGUAAAAACUGUCAAUCUCAGGGCAAAGUCAGUAAAGUUGCCUAAAAUGUUUCCAAUUUCUUUUCAUCAUUUUGCACUACUUAACCUUGCAUUUCAUUUUUCUUUGAAAAUGAAAAUAGAUCAGUUGUUUUCACUUUUGUUUCUAGGUGUUUCCAAUUUCCUGGUCAUCAGCAGAAUCUUAUAAUGUUUUCAGUAUCUCACCCAAAUGAAAACCUUAAUUAUAAUUAAACAUGUUUAACAAAGUCAAGAAAAUAUUUUACAGUUGUAUAAAACUCAAAUCUCAUUUUCAUUCCCCUUAAAAUAUGACCUUUGCCACCAAAACCCUUUGAAAAUAUUUAUGUGACUUAUAUGUAAAUAUAUAAAGUGAAAACCUUGGAAAGCAUAUAAAAUGCUGUCUUUAAGAUCCAGAUUUCAGCACAACAGUUCCAUUUGGGUUGUUUCUGUGUAUGUUUUAACCACUAAAUUUGUUCAAAGGGAAGAGGUCUGGUUGUGAGUUGUAUCCCUUUAUUGUCAAUAGGCUUUCUUUCUUAUAGACCAUCUGAUGUAGUUAGGAUGAGAACUGUCUUAUUGUAUGAUUCCUUAAGGAAUUUUGUGAUGGCUUUUGGGGGAGUAGGUCUAGUAUAAUACAUGAAGAGUCUUUAUCUUAACCAGAAGUCUUCUUGUAACUUUAAAGGUGGAAAAGUUGACACAUCAGACCUUUUCUCCAGUUGGUGAGUUAGAGUAUGCAUAAUAGUUGGUGUUCAGAAAGGUAAUCAAUGGCUAUUGUCAAUAGAACAAAAUAAAAUGGGCUAUUUUUAGUGAUCUAUGUUUCCUUUUUUAUAGUUUUUGGGCAUGUCAUACUUAAAACUCAACAAAUGAGAGGCCUCUCUUUGGGCCUGGUUUAUUUUUGGAAUGCCUGAGUGUGUGUUUCAGUGAGGGAAGAGGGUUUUAAUUCUUGACAUGCUAUUUAACUGCAAUGGUUUUGACUCUAUAUUGGAACUUUGUUAUCUUUCUGUUUCAUUUUUGUCAGAAAAGUUAAACUUCCAUUGUUAAGAUUUUAGAUUUGUCUAGUGGAAUUGUAUCAGUUAGUUCAUCUAAAUAUGGGUCAAUUUGGGGUAAUUUAGUUUGCAAACAUGCAUUUAUUUGUCUCAGAAAAUUCUUUAAAAGAGAUUUAGUGCAAUAUUGAAAGUUAGAGACUCAUGUAGCUAGGGUUAUUUAUAUUCAAAACUCUCAAUUUUCAAAUCUAUAUGGAUAUUGGGAUGGUGUUCAUUAUCCCUGUGUAUUUCCUUCAAAAAAAAAUUUUUUUUUUUAGAUUAUGCCACCAUACAUAGGGGAAAAAUUAGAAGGUAGUUUUUGUUUAAGAUUUUAAGCUUUUCUACAUGUUAAUACAUGAAUUUUUCUUUAGAAAACUUAAAUGUAAUGAUUCAGAGCAUUUAUUUGCCAAAUAUAAAUAAGAGGGAACCAGCAGUUUGAAAUGGGGUUUAAGAGCUUUUAGGAUUCUUCCCCUAUUUCCUGGUAUAAAAUUAUCUAUAGAUGCCUUUUAGUAAACUUCAUAUACAAAUUUAUUUAUAUAUACAUAUAUACACAUACGCUUGAUAAAAUAUGGAACUAAUUCACUUUGCAUAAUGUGAAGUUUUGCAAUCAGAUGGGAAUAGACUAUAGAUGAAAGGUGGUGGCACCUACUGGCAAAAAGUAACAUUGCAACCCUGGUCUUUUAGACAUGACAAAUAAAUAGCCAGACAAAAGAUGGAAUGAAACAAAGUUUUGAAUGCUGAAAGUAUGGAAUCUGGAAAUUGCCAAGAAAUAUAAAGAAUUCUUUUGUUUUAGGGUAUGGAAGAAAACAGAUAAUGUAGACUGAUUAUCCCAGAGUUAGAAAAGUAAACAACUGAAUGGAUACUCUAAGCAGGCAUAAAUUCUAAUGUACAGAGAUGCUCAGUGUGCCAUGAAACUGCUGCCAAAAAUUUCAUUUAAGUUUCAAUUUCAAUUAUUCCACAAUUAAAACACCAAUUUAUGGUAUAUGUCAGUAGGAAAAGAGAUUUUGCUUUAUAGUUGCUUUGCCAGAACACAGCUAUUCUGUGAAGUGAGGGAGACCGGUAUUACUUUUGAGAGGGUUUGUGGAACAAAAAAUACAUUGUUUCUGCUCUAUCUAAACCAGUAUUUAUGAGUAACACUUGUUUGGCUGUCUUUGUGUUGGCAACUUUUAUCAGUAAGUAUUGGUUUACACUUGAGACCAAGAGCCAAGUUUAUAAGGCUGGCUAAUAUUUCUUCACCCCUAUGUUAAAUGCAAACACUUUAAAGAUAUAUACAUAUGUGUGUAUGUAUGUUCGUAUGUAUCUUCAGGUAUGCCUUCUGAGUUAAAAAAAAAACUAGAAAUUAUAGAAACACAUCUAAUAGAACAGGAAUCUGACAAAUUGUUUCCUCCCAAUUUAGAAGCUUGUGAGAAACAGUACUUUGAGUCUAACUAUACACCAUUCAAAUGUGUGUAUUAGUUUUAAUACAGAAUUUUGGGGCAUGCCCUUGGGCUUAUUCAAAAGUGUACAAUAGGAAACUAAAUUUCCUUUCAUAGGAAGGAGAUGUUUUUCUAUUUUGCAACACAUGAAUAUAAAGCUUCCACUAUGGGAAGAUGAAUCAUGUAUCAAAUUAAUGAGACACAUAUAUAUUUUUACAUAUUUAGAAGGAAUCUAUAUAGAGCAACAUUCAGAACCUAUAUAGAAAUGAUAUUCUGUAUAGGACCAAUAGAGAAGCAACAUUCAACACUUAAACAUUUGGACUUUUCAGGUAGGGAGACUUUAGGUCUUGUAAUGACUUGCAGAGUAUUAUCAUCAAAAUGCAGUCAUUACUUGAAAUUCACUGGGGAAAAAUUGUUAGAAUGUUCUCUUGAAAUGUGUUUAACUUAAAUACAGCAGCUCUAGGCUAACAUAUGUGUAGGAAACAAGCAAAACCAACUAAAUAAAUCAAUCUGGUUUGCCAGCCAAUCCAGUUUGAGUGAAGUGAAUACACUGAUAGCUUGCAUCCUGAAAAAACAUUUUGGAUCUUAGCCUAAGGAUCUGAGAAACAAUCUUACCUGACAUAAGAAGACUCACACUUUGAUAGUUUCUAACAAAACUGUCCAUUUAAGGAGCUAUGAUACAAUUUACUAAUUUAAUCCACAGAUAUCUGUUGAUUACCUGUGAGAUUUUUAGUCCAAAGUGACCUGAAACCCUUAUCCCUGGAAAUAGAUCUCAAACUAAACAGGGCUGGAUCAGGUCCUUACUUGGAUGAGUCUCAUAGAUUUAAGAGCUGUACCUGCUUUCCUUGAGUUAGUACUGAACCUAUAUCCAGCAUGAUGUUGCUGCAGGUACUUUCUCUCAGAAGAGGCAUGGAGCCCACAUCUUGAAGGCUUGUGGCAUUUUGAGAGGAAGGUGGUAACUCUAGUGCCCUAGCCAAAUUCCAGCCGACAAAUGGGUAUUCCAUCUCAUUUUCAAUGGAAAUGUUCAUUACUUCCCAGCCAACCUGGAUGAUGAACACAGUGUGGGUUGAACUGCUGUUUCCCAUCCCUCCCCACCCAAGUCUGAGAUGCCUGCAUGUACUAACUUGAUGAUGUUAAUUCUUUAACCUACCUCACAGGGAUGUUGUGAGGCCUCAAAAGUUCAUGUUUAUAAAAUGUUAUAAGUUCAUUGGGUAGUUGACUCUUGUAAUUGCUGUGUGGUUAAAUUGAAUUUCUUCUAGGCCAAGUUUGUAAUCUGUGGCUACUGGAGUAUUCCAGCUGUAAAGUGUGAGCUAAAGCCUACUUUUCCUCCCUUUUUUCAUGGUGUGUGUGUGGGGAAAAUACCUGUUCAAUUUUCUGUCAGGGAAGUCCUCAGCUGAACAGCAUCUGAGUAAUAACUAAGGUUGGUGGUAUCCUUGGGCAGUUUGAACAUGACUAGAUGGAUCCUUGGAUGCCACAAUGAGAUGACACAAUGAGAACUCACCAUUAUUUUUAAUGGUUGUAAUAGCUAUUUCCUCUAGUUGUUAUUUUAAGAGUAAGUCGCAAAGUUGCUUUAUUUUAGCUUUUUGUGUAUGCACAAUCCCAAACUGGAAGAAACAAAAAUCCUGCUGUGAAAGGUAUAUAUUACUCUAGAUUUUUCUUAUUGUAAAUAUUGUAAGAUUGUAAUACUGUCGAUAUUUUAUUAACCAACAGAUGUUAAUCUAUGUGAAUUCAGACUUAUUUUAAAUGUGCUUCAUAUUUACUGUAUGUUGUUCCUGUUGCAGACAGUAUUAAGUUAUAUUCUGAUGUAAGAUUAACUUUAUUAAAGAAUGUAAACAUUAAUGUUUCCUUAUGGGAAAAGAAAUAAAAUAUUAUAAAGACAAUUCUUUUCAUUGAAAUAUAAUGUGUACUUAUGCUUGCUAGACCAGUACCACUUAUAAAUUUAGUACAACUAUUCCAAAAUGUUAAUACAGCUAACAUAGUUGUGCUGUUAUUUGAAAGUUCAAGAAUAAGUAUUGUUGGAAUAUAAAGUUUGUAUCAGUCUGCUGUGAAUCAGAACCUUGACAUUUCUAAUCACAUUUGUAAACUUUUUAUAGUGAAAAUUUUAAUGACUUAAUUUUAAAAAUUCUCCACUAAAGAAUAGUCAAAUUAGUAUCCUUUCAGAAGUAGAGUUGUCUUUAUUGUCUUUACAAAAUGACUUUGGUUUUAAGGACCAGAAGUUUUUAAAGGCUUUAGAGCAGAGUUGUUGACAUUUGAGUUUACAAGUUACAAGUUAGUCUUCAUUGGAGAUGUGCCAAUAUACAGUAGAAUAUCAUUAAAUUGCACUGAUUGGGGAGCCCUUUGAGGGUACUUGAAUUUUGCCAAUUAAAAAGUAAGCAAAUGCAAUUCUAAAACCAAAUUCAAGGAUUCUGUAAUAAAUGCAAUUGUUGUGUAAUGAAAAAGCAGUGUUUUGGAAUGUAAUGUAACCCUAAUUUGCUGCCAUGCAUGUCCAUCCCAUUGUUGAGAACUCAAAAUAUGGAAAUACGGCAGAUACCUCUUGAGUCAACUGGCUCUAAGAGUUUGUGGAAUACAGAAAUGGAAACUAGCAAGGUUCUACUGUACUGCUUAUUGAAGUAUUGUGAUUAUUUUAGGCAUUUUGAUUCUUACAAAAUAUAUACUGUAACAGUAUACUUUGUACAGAUUUAAAUUUUAUUUGAAAAAUGAAAUAAAGUAGGCAAAAAUAAAGAUGUUUAUUUUUCAUGUGA